GCACUUCCCGCACCUUGCUGUAGCAGCCAACCCCCCGCGCCGCCCGCACCUUGCAGCAGGGCCGUCGGCGAGUGCGGGAAGCCGAUGCGGAGCCCUGGCUGUUACUGCGCCUGCGCAAAAUUUCGACUGAUGCCCUGCCGGAAUCAGUCGGAAUUUUGCAGUGACGUCACUCCGCACUGCAUUCGGCCACUAGGAGGGCGCCCCCUAGUGGCCGAAUUUCAAAUUGCUUUUAAAAUGUUUUAAAAGCAUUUUUUUUUAAAUAAAAGUAUAUUAGAGAUAUGUUGUAGUACUUGAGUACUACAACAUAUCAAAAAUUAUUUUUCAUGACAGUGCCCAUUUAAAGUGACAGUGGUCAGAUUUGCAAAAAAUGCUCCCGUCCUUAGGGUCAUAAUGGGCUCCGUCCCCAAGGGGUUAAACGGGUUCUCCUCUGGAAAACAUUAUUUUUUAAAUCAACUGGUGCCAGAAGUUAAACAGAUUUGUUUACAUUACUUCUAUUUAAAAAUCUUAAUCCUUCCAGUACUUAUCAGCUGCUGUAUACUACAGAGGAAGUCCUAUUCUUUUAGAAUUUCCUUUCUGUCUGACCACAGUGCUCUCUGCUGACACCUCUGUCCAUGUCAGGAACUGUCCAGUACAGGGUAGGUUUGCUCUGGGGAUUUGCUCCUGUUUUGGACAGUUCCUGACAUGGACAGAAGUGUCAGCAGAGAGCACUGUGGUCAGACAUGACUAGUUGAGCGUAGAGAUACACUUAACCUUGUACCCUGCCCCACCUCUUGCUUACCCAAAUAAACACAGACUCCUGGUUAUGGUGCAAAGGGCACAGCGGACCAACAUUUUAUUAACAAAACUGAGUAACAAAUAUAUAUCAUCUUUUAAAUCUCUUUAUAAAUAAUAUAACAAAAUAUCCGGGGUAACAUAUCUCCCAUAAAAUUUACAUAACCUUUACAUUAUUCAUACCUAAAAACUGACCCUGAUAUAGAAAAUGUCUAGAGGGGGACCUGAAGGCACCUUCUCUUCCAGGCACUCUCUCGUACUGUGCCUUGGUCGUCCAUCACCUAACCCAAGGGCACCUUUUUCGGAGACCACUCUGUCCCUUAUCGCUUGGGACCCCCAUAAGUAGCUGGCUACCAACCCAGCUCCAUUAUGACUGGGCCUCUACCAUCUACCAGGCCAUUAUGACCGGGCCUCUACCAUUGUUCAAGCAUGUCUCCAAAUCCCCCUCCAGCUCCCACCGCUGUGACAAAACCCACCACGCCACACCCACCCAGGUGCACUACCACCUACUCCCGAUUACAGGCUGGCGGGCAGGACACACUUUCUUCUGGUCCUGAAUGACUCCUUCCCUUCCUGUUCCGUCUCUCCAAACCCUCCUGACGUCAGCCCACACUCCUCCCAUCUUUAACCCCUUGGCUCCCGCUUCACCUCCUACUUUUUAAAGGAUACCUUUCAUCAAAUUUUUUUUUGAUAUGUUUUUUGAAUUUCCUUUCAGAAAGCCCCCAAAGUGGACAGCAUGGGAGUCCCUACCAGUCCUUUUUUUUUUUUUUUUUUUUUUAUAGAUUUCAGACUCAUGCCAGGACACAGACAAACUCAGCACUGCCCCCUGCCAGGGAGUGAGUCUGUGUCCCUGCUGCAAUCUGAGAUAUUAGGAUAUUAGGCAUGAGUCUGAAAUCUAUAAAAAAAAAAAAAAAAAAGGACUGGUAGGGAGACCCCCUAGUGGUCAUUUUUUCAAAGUGGAAAAUGAAAUAGAAAGAAGCAUAUUUUUUUAAUAACAUGCUAUUGGAAAGUUAUUCUGCAUACAUUAAUCUAUAAUAUAUCAAAAGUAUUUUUUUGAUGAACGAUACCCUUUAACCCCUUGUCUCCCGCUUCCUACUUCCCAUGUCAUGUGCCCCCUCAGCUCCCAUGCUGUCCACUUCGGGGGCUUUCUGAAAGGAAAUUCAAAAAGAAAAGAACUUCAGCAGCUGAUAAGUACUGGAAGGAUUAAGAUUUUUAAAUAAAAGUAAUUUACAAAUAUGUUUAACUUUCUGGCACUAGUUUAUUUAAAAAAAAGUGUUUUCCAGUGGAGUACCCCUUUAAUACGUUUUGUUAGAGGUGGGGCUUGCUGUGUGUGGGGUUUGUUGGAGGUGGGACUUGCUAUGGGUGGGGCAUGUCUGAGGUAGGGUUUGCUGUCUAUGGGGUUUGUCAGGACGUGGCACAUGAGAAUACACAUUAUUUUGCAUAUAUUCCCUGUAUAUUGUCUUCUCUAUAAAGGUCUUACAGUAAGGAGGUGAUCUCAAACCCCAAUAACUUUUACAGUAUUUAUAAAUCAUGGACAAUCAUUUUACUCCAGACGCCACAAUACGAGCUCCAGCUAUACAUUUAGAGAAGGUCGUCACCUCAGAGCUGUCAUAGGGAUGUUACACACUAUGGGGUCAUGUAUUAUCAGGGAGGUUCUGGUGCUCCAUGUUUUUACGUAUGUCACAUCUGUUUGGUAAGUAUGAUGGUAUGUGCGCAUUUUAAUACAUAAAGACCAAUGUUAGGAUGAGACUUUAGGUUGCGCAGCUAUACUAUAGGUUUCUCUUAUUUACUACUAAUAAAUACUGACUGUUACUUUAGGAAUCUCUAUCUGCAAAUAACAACCCGGCUCUAUAGAUGUGAUCACAACUUAAUAUACAGCAGAUAGAAUAUGUGGCUAUGACAAGUGUCCAUGAACAGGUUAAUAUUGAAUGAUCUUUGCUGAUCUGCCCUGCCCUGUGGUGACAAGUAUAAACCCGCCCUCUGGUUUCCGAGUGGAGAGAAUUGUAGUUUCGUUUCUCUCUUCCUCUGUCGGCCAUGGCGUCUUCUGCUCUGAGAGACGAGCUGGACUGUUCCAUCUGUCUGAUCACUUAUACAGAUCCUGUAAUGCUGAGAUGUGGACACAACUUCUGCCGGGUCUGUAUUGAUCAUGCACUGGAUACACAGGACCAGUCUGGACUUUAUUCCUGUCCUGAAUGUAGAGAACAGUUUCAGGAGCGGCCGACACUGAUGAGGGACAUCGCUCUGAGGAACAUAAUGGAGAACUUCCUGGUUACUGAUCCAACACCGACAGAACCCGGGAUCUUCUGCACUUACUGUGUGGACUCUCCUGUCCCUGCUGUGAAGUCCUGUCUGCACUGUGAGGCUUCUCUGUGUGAUAAACAUCUGAGAACUCACAACAAGUCACCAGAACACGUCUUAUCUGAGCCCAGAACUUCUCUGGAGAACAGGAAAUGUUCUGUCCAUAAGAAGGUCCUGGAAUAUUACUGCACUGAGGACGCUGCUUGUAUCUGUGUGUCCUGCAGUUUGGCCGGAGAACAUCGGGGACACCAGGUGGAGAUGAUGGAUGAGGCCUCUGAGAAGAAGAAGAAGAAACUGAGAAAUGUUCUCCAGAAACUGAUCACAAAGAGAGAGGAGACUGAGGAAAGAGUCCGGAGUCUGGAGGAACGCAGGAGAAAAGCUCAAGAGAAAUCAUCUGGAGAAGCGGAGAGAGUCACUGCCCUGUUUAUAGACAUCAGGAGACGGCUGGACGACCUGGAGAAGAAGGUCCUGAGUGAGAUCUCCAGGCAGGAGAAGGAAGAGUCACUGUCACUGUCUGCUCUGAUCCAUCAGCUGGAAAUAAAGAAGGACGAGCUGUCCAGGAAGAUGAGACACAUUGAGGAGCUGUGUAACAUGACGGAUCCACUGACUGUCUUACAGGAACCAGACACAGGUGACUUGUGUGAUCCUGAGGAGGGGGGAGGGGAUGAGGACACAGGGGGACAUGAUAAGACACAUGAUGUAGAUGAUCUGGAUGUGACUGUGAUCUCAGACACAUUCCGCACAUUAUGUGACAUAAUAUCAGGUAUAAGGAUCUAUGGGGAGGGUCCUGCAGACAUAUUACUGGAUGUAAACACGGCUCAGAAUAAUCUCCUUAUAUCAGACGACCUGAAAACUGCAACAUGGACAAAUAUAACACAGAAUCGUCCAGAAGCAGCAGAGAGAUUCCAGGAAUAUCAGGUGAUGAGCAGAAGGAGAUUUACCUCAGGACGACAUUACUGGGAUGUGGAGAUCAGUAGAUCAGGAUUGUGGAUGGUGGGGAUGUGUUAUCCCAGUAUAGACAGGAGGGAUCAGUCAUUGAUUGGAGAUAAUAACAAGUCCUGGGGUUUGUGGAGGUAUUAUAAUAAUAAUAAUAAUAAGUAUUAUGUGAUACAUGACAGGAAAAAGAUCCAGUUACCUCACCAGAUCUCCAGUAAUAGAUUCAGGAUCUGUCUGGAUUAUGGGGCCGGGCAGCUGUCCUUUUAUGAGCUGUGUGACCCCAUCAGACACUUACACACCUUCACCACCACCUUCACCGAGCCCCUUCAUGCUGCAUUAUGGGUAGGGGGAGGUUCUAUAAAGAUAUUAGGGGGAGGCAGAAACUGGGAGAAACCAUCAUAAUAUAAUAAACUGCUGAGAGAAACCAAGAUCCUGAUUGGUGGAUUAUUUAGCCAAUGGGAUGAAUGAGGAGGCGGGGCUACAGGGGAUGAUUCCUACAUGGCAGCCGUCCCUAUGACUAGAUCACAUGGUCUCAUUGAUUGACACAUUUCUACAUAUUGGGGUAAUCAGGUGUUUAGAGGAUUAUUUCUGCCUUAAUGAUAUUAAAGGGGAUUUCACAGGGUAAUAUUGUCUAAGACCAAAGGGUAGAAAUUCAUAUCCCCCAUACUCAUAGUGCCCCCUCUAAAGCUUCUACAGUAACCAGUGCUGUACAUAUAGUGCCGCCAUAAUGUGUCCUCUAUUCUGUAUAUAGCAACAUAAUAAUGUCUCCCAAAGUGCCCAUAUAAUUGUGUUAUAGAUAUAUAUAUAUAUAUAGUGCCGCCAUAAUGUGUCCUCUAUUCUGUACAUAGCACCAUAAUAAUGUCUCCCAAAGUGCCCAUAUAAUUGUGUUAUAGAUAUAUACAUAUAGUGCCGCCAUAAUGUGUCCUCUAUUCUGUAUAUAGCCCCAUAAUAAUAUCUCCCAAAGUGCCCAUAUAAUUGUGUUAUAGAUAUAUAUAUAGUGCCGCCAUAAUGUGUCCUCUAUUCUGUAUAUAGCACCAUAAUAAUGUCUCCCAAAGUGCCCAUAUAAUUGUGUUAUAGAUAUAUAUAUAUAUAUAUAGUGCCGCCAUAAUGUGUCCUCUAUUCUGUAUAUAGCACCAUAAUAAUGUCUCCCAAAGUGCCCAUAUAAUUGUGUUAUAGAUAUAUAUAUAUAUAGUGCCGCCAUAAUGUGUCCUCUAUUCUGUAUAUAGCACCAUAAUAAUGUCUCCCAAAGUGCCCAUAUAAUUGUGUUAUAGAUAUAUAUAUAUAAUGCCGCCAUAUUGUGUCUUCUAUUCUGUAUAUAGCAACAUAAUAAUGUCUCCCAAAGUGCCCAUAUAAUUGUGUUAUAGAUAUAUAUAUAUAUAUAUAUAGUGCCGCCAUAAUGUGUCCUCUAUUCUGUAUAUAGCAAUAUAAUAA